AUGUCGGCUUCCAAUAUGACCAACGCAGCGGGGAGAGCAGCACGCCAACUCCUCCGCUCUUCGACACAGCCCUCUCGACCAUCCACUUCCGCACUCAAGGCUGCGACAACGCUCUCGCAACGAACCGUCUCCUCUUCGGCCCCCCGCGACUCCCUCCUUCGAGACAUCGGUGGCCGACUCGCAAAAGUUGCUCUUGGUAACAGCUACAUCCGCACAAAAGAACGCGGUGGUCUCCUACCCGAAGAGCAAGAGAGGAUGGAGUUUGAACGCCGCCGCGACUCCGCAAUGGGUGCUGUCUCCCCAGACGGUAUGCCUCUCUUCGACGAUAUUGAGUCGCUCCCCAUCUCCCAGCAAAUUGAACGCAAGCAGCAACGCAUCUCGGCCAAAAUCCAAGCUCGUCAAGAACGCAAACGAUGGAACGCCAAAGAUGCCAUCACCGGCCAAGUUCUGGAACACAAGUACUCCACCGCAGCAUUCAAAAUCUCUCCUCAAAAACUUCAGAUGCUUGCAAACCAGAUCUCAGGUCAACCCAUCGACUAUGCUAUCCUUCAAAUGCAGUUCUCCCCUAAGCGUGCAGCAAAGCGCGUACUCAGCACACUGGCAUUAGCGAGAGAUCAUGCGGCAGCAAAGGGAAUGCAAGUGCCUCGUUUGAUCGUUGGUGAAGCGUGGGUGGGCAAAGGAAUGUAUUUGACAAGAAUAGAUCUCAAGGGUAGGGCUAGGAUGGGGAGGAAACAUCAUCCUCAGGCCAGGUUGAGUGUGGUGUUGAGGUACGGUAAGACGUAUGCAGAGAAGGAGACCGAGAAGAUUGAGACUGCGAGGAAGAGGGUGAGGGCGAUCGGGACUGGUGGGGUUGUGAGGACGGAUAACAAGGUUGUCAAUACUUUCCAGAGGCCUGGUUGGGGGUGGUAA